GAAGUGCUUUAGAGAGCAGCAUUAUAAAAGGCCUACUUAAAGUUUUAAUUUUCAUUUCAUUCUACAGGCGAAAAGACCAACUAUUAACAUGGCAUGCUUUAAAUGCUGGCUGUUAAGUCAGUAUGUUUUGUUAACUAGUCCCAUAUCUGGGGGCAAAAGCCGGUGUUAGGUGUAACCUACCCUGAUGUGACAUCAGCAGUGCUGUUUGCAUGGCUGACUUGUCAAACCGGUGUUGGAACCUUUAGGAGUGCUGACACCAUUCAGACUGCCGCGGAGAAUAGCACCUAUGUCGCCGACUUUGGGUGUGUUGUCCUAAAACUCUGUUCAACAAUCCCAAACUCAAAGGUUUUCAUCAUUGCGCACAUGGAAAGAAGGAGCAAUUUUCGCUGAAACGGCGCAUCAAGUGAACGGAGGAAAAGCCAGACCUUACUGCGUAAAAUAAGAGAUACAAUUCAGAAAGGAUGGAAACGAAUGGGCUCGAAAAGAAAAACUACGGUAUGGAGAACGAUACGGACCUCCAAUUCCUCCUGAAGGGGGGAGAUCUCCUCAAGGUGCGCUCCCCGUCCUGGAAGAAGACCCGCUACUUCAGACUCAUGGAUGACUGCAAGACCAUGUGGCGCGAAUCAAAGAAAAUCUUCAAGACAAACCAGACCUUUGUCAUCAAUGACAUCUCAGCAGUGCGAAUGGGCCGUCAGUCAGACGGCCUCAGGAAGUACACGGAGGAGCAGGUGGAGAACCGCUGCUUCUCCAUUAUGUUCAAGGGCCACCGCAAGAACCUGGACCUCAUCGCCAGCUCAGAGGACGAGGCUAGGCAGUGGGUCAACAGCCUGCAGAAAAUAGUCUCCAACAUGAACAACCUCAGCAGCCAGAAGAACACAGAGCAUUGGCUCUUUAGCUGCCUGAGGAAAUCAGACGAGAACAAAGAUGAUAAGCUGAGUCUGUCGGAGAUCAAGGACUUCCUACGUCGGAUCAACGUCGAGGUGGAUGAUGACUUCGCAGAGUUGCUGUUCGAGAAAUGUGACAAAUCCAAUUCAGGAUACCUGGCCGGGGAGGAGAUCCAACAUUUCUACAACCUGUUGACCCAUCGAGAGGAAUUGGAUGUGAUUUACGGGGAGUACGCUAAAACAACGGGCUUUAUGAGUCCUCAAAACCUGGUGGACUUCCUGAUCAAAGAACAGAUAGAGAAAGCCACGCUGGCUGAUGCACACAACAUUAUCCACAAGUAUGAGCCGGAUGAAAAUGCCAAGGAGAAGAAGCUGCUGUCCAAAGAUGGCUUCCUCAUGUACAUGCACCAGCCAGAGGCCUUAGUCCUCAAUCCAGAUCACAGAGAGGUGUACCAGGACAUGAGCCAGCCUCUCAACCAAUACUUCAUCUCCUCCUCGCACAACACCUACCUCAUGGAGGAUCAGCUACAAGGGCCCAGCAGCACGGAGGCUUAUGUCAGGGCUCUGCUAAAGAGCUGCCGCUGUGUGGAGUUGGACUGUUGGGACGGAUCAGAUGAGGAGCCAGAGAUCUACCACGGCUACACCCUCACCUCUAAGAUCCUCUUCAAAGACGCCAUCAAAGCCAUCAAGGAAUAUGCCUUUAAGACGUCCGAUUACCCGGUUAUCCUCUCGUUGGAAAACCACUGCAGUGUGAAGCAGCAGGAGGUCAUGGCCCACCACAUGAGCUCCAUCCUGGGCAGUGCACUUGUCACUUCCCCCCUGGGGGACGGCAUGCCCACAGACUUCCCAUCUCCUGAGGCGCUGAAGGGGAUGUUCCUGGUCAAAGGGAAGAGGUUAAACAAACUGGAGGCCAGCUUUGCGGCCGAGGCGAAUGAAGAUGUCGACGCGGACAUGACGGAGGAGGAAGAGUCAGGCGAUGAAGACGAGGAGCAAGAGAAAAACAAGAAGAAGAAGAAGCUGAAACUAGCAAAAGACCUGUCCGACAUGGUGGUGUACUGUAAGAGCGUCCACUUCAACGGCUUCGAGGAGGCCAGACAAAACCUGAGCUUCUACGAGAUGUCGUCCUUUAAGGAGCAAAAGGCCAUGGGGCUGGCAGAGGAGUCGGCUAAUUCCUACAUCCACCAUAACAUGGACAAGCUGAGCCGCGUCUAUCCAGCCGGCUCCAGGACCAACUCCUCCAACUACAACCCCGUGCCUCUGUGGAAUGCCGGCUGCCAAAUGGUGGCCUUAAACUUCCAGACAACCUGCACAGACAUGGACGUAAACCAGGGCAGAUUCCUGGUAAAUGGAAAGAGCGGCUACAUCCUGAAACCAGCCUACAUGAGGGACGUAGCCACGGAGUUUGACCCCAUCACGCUGACCCGAGGAGACUGGCUGAAGCACAAGACGCUCCAUGUCAUGAUUGUGUCAGCCCAGCAGCUCCCCAAAGUGAAAAAGAAGAUCUCCUCCAUUGUGGACGCGCUGGUGAAAGUGGAGGUGUACGGAGUGCCGGAUGAUGUUGCUGAGAAAAAGACCGAUGCUGUCGAAAACAAUGGUUUUAACCCACAAUGGAAUGAAAACUUCCAGUUUGACGUGUACGUGCCAGAGCUGGCACUGGUGCGCUUCACCGUCGAAGACCACGACUCCACGUCUUCCAACGAGUUCAUCGGGCAGUACACACUUCCAUUCAACAGCCUGAAAAUGGGAUACAGACAUGUGCCUCUGCACAAUAAGAACGGAGACGUCCUCCCCUCAGCUGGACUCUUUGUACACAUCAUGGUCGUUGAUGCCGAGUAACGUCACCCCCUGGCUUGUGCCUCUGACGGACACAGGACCUCCAUUACACAGCCACGCUUAUGCUUUUUUUAAAUUGUAUUUUAUUUUUGCUCUAUAGUUUUUUAGUUCAUGAUUAACCUAUUGGCUUAAUUCCAGUAGUUUCUACUCUAAACAUCAAAUCUUCUCAAGGGACAGCAAAACCCUAACCCUGCAACUGGACACAGGUUGUAUUGGUAAGGCGUGUAUGUGCGUGCAAAUAGUGUGCAUACACACUCCAUAUAAGUCACAUUACAGGGACUGUUAUACAAACUUAGAGUUGGUUUGUAUGAGUUGCACUAGUGUUAUAACAUGUUCAGUUUGCGAGGCCAUUGGAUUUUUAAAAAAGAUGGCUUGUGUCCCUCAUUUCUGGUCAGUUAAUGUAUUGUCUAUUUAAAUAUUUUUAUUCAUAUGACCAUUUUAUGAAUAUUGGAGAAACGCAACUCAACAUGAAAAGUAAUGUGCUUCGUCUUCAGUCAUUUUUAAUAAUCAAGUGUGAUUAUUUUUCAUGUGACAUCAUCACGAUUACUUCUUUUUAUAAAUCAAGAUGAAGUUAAAAGUUUUAAACAUGAA